AUAGAGUCCUUAUUCUUUUUGAUAGAAUUCUGGUUGCCGUCCCGGUCCUUCGGUACCAAGGUUUGAAGGUAUGGCAGCCCGGUUUGCAUGCUAUUGGGUUUGGAUCUAGUCACUGAUGACCAAGGCAAAUCUAGCUCUGUAUGAUCAUCUGAUUCAAAGGAGAUACAAGUAACUCCUCGAUGUAAAAAAAAGUUGAGUGGGUGACAGACAUAACAUUUCCUCCACCCCCACCGGCCAACAAUGUUGCCGGCCUGACUAGUUUAACAGCUACUUAUACAGGCGUACAGCUCAUCCUCCUCUGUAUGAUCAUCUAGCAGCUACUUAUACAGGCGUACAGCUCAUGCUGCCGGCCAAACUAGUUUAGCAGCUUGGCUCCACUUGAGAGUUCAGAGUUCAGAGAGAGAGCAGAGCAAGAAGAGAACAGCGAAGAGAGCUGCAACUGCUAGCUGCUGAUGGCGGUGGACGAGUCGUUCAAGAGGCCGGGCUCCAUCCCCUUCAAGUGGGAGGUGCAGCCGGGCAUCCCCAAGCAGGAGGAGCUUCCACCAGCAGCAGCCGGGGACAGCACGGCCGUGCCUGCGCCGGGGCUCCCUCCGACGACCCCGAAGCUGGCGCUCCCUCCCGCCGCCCGCGUCUGCGCGCUGGCCUCGUCGUCCGCGUCGUGCCGGCGGAGCUCAGCCUCUGUGUCCUCCGCGCCGCUGUCACCGCCAACAACGCCGACGCUCCCGCCGCCGUCGUCGCAGCACCACCACCGGCGGUCCAUGUCGGCGCGCUUCGCCACGUCGCUGGCGCUGCCCUUCACGCGGCGGCCGCGGCGGGGGCGCGCGGCCAAGGACGACGUCGACUACUGCCAGCUUUACAGCGAGAAGAUCGCCUAGGCUCAUAGUCUCGUCUCUGUAUAGGUACGUAAAAAUGGUAUAAAGCUUAUAUGUAUGUACGUCAAAAAAAAAUCUCGAACAUGUAUAUGCAGCUUGUGUGUGCAAAAUCGACGCACUGGUGAAUCGUCUUUGAACUUC